GGUUUUAAGCGAAGCCUAAUGGUCUACUUUGCCUGCCGUUAAUGACCUUGGAUAAUUUACGGUUCUGUUUUUUUUUUUAGGGACUGGCCGCUUUUCUUAACCGCUCCUUGUGGAAGCAGUAAAGCUUAAGACGUUUCUUGCCUUCUCGCAGCCUGAAAGUGUAGGUCUUUACCAAUUUGUGUUUUUUUUAUAAAUGAACCCGAAAUGUGCAACUUGACUAAUUCAAAACACUCUGAGCUUUGACGGCUCUUCCAUCCAAUCACAAACGUUGGGCACUCUGACCAGCAAGGCCUCUGACCAAUCCCCGGCAUUGUUAUUGGGUCUCGUUGAUCGAAAUGUGGAAGCCUUAGCAUCAAAUGCAUCCAUUUAUUUCUGGUUUGGAAACACUUAGUAUAGGUGGCUACUUAAGUGGUGUUUAGGACAAGGUCGGUUGUUUGACGAUGACUGAAAGAGAGGAGAGGCGUUUCGCUGAAGUAUCCCGAGAAUCAGUCAAACUGAUGGCUGAGACCUCAGGGGUUGAGCUCAGCGACGAUGUGGCUGCUCUUCUCGCCGAAGAUGUAUGUUACCGACUCAGGGAGGCCACACAAAGUAGCUCCCAGUUUAUGCGGCACGCCAAGAGACGGAAACUGACAGUGGAGGACUUCAACAGAGCUCUCCGUUGGAGCAAUGUAGACUCUUUAUGCGGUUUUGGCUCCCAAGAGCCAUUGCCUUUCCGCCCCGCCAAAGAAGGGGAGCUCUUCUUUGUUGAGGAUCGGGACAUUAACCUGGUGGAGUUGGCCCUUGCCACAAAUAUUCCGAAAGGCUGUGCAGAGACCAUGGUGCGAGUGCAAGUGUCCUACCUGGAUGGCAAGGGCAACCUGGAACCUCAAGGGACUGUACCCAGUGCUGUCCAGUCACUGUCUGAAGACCUCCUAAAGUAUUACCAGCAGAUCACUCGAGCUAUACUUGGUGAAGACCCACACCUCAUGAAGGUGGCACUACUGGAUCUUCAGUCCAACUCCAAGAUUGCUGCUCUUCUGCCAUACUUUGUGUAUGUCAUCAGUGGGGUGAAGUCGGUGAGCCACGACCUGGAGCAACUGAACAGGCUGCUGCACAUGGUACGCAGUCUGGUGCAGAACCCCUACCUGUACCUGGGCUCGUACGUGCGCAGCUUGGUGUCCAGCGUCAUGUACUGCAUCCUGGAGCCUCUGGCUGCCUCCAUCAACCCGCUCAACGACCACUGGACCCUGCGUGACUACGCCGCCCUUCUGCUCAGCCACAUCUUCUGGACCCACGGAGACCUUGUGAGUGGCCUGUACCACCAGAUCCUGCUGUCUCUGCAAAAGGUUCUGUCUGACCCGGUCCGACCCCUCUGCUCUCAUUACGGGGCAGUAGUGGGCCUGCACGCCCUGGGCUGGAAGGCUGUUGAGAGGGUGCUGUAUCCCCACCUGCCAGCCUACUGGGCCAACCUGCAAGCCGUCCUGGACGAUUACUCUGUCUCAAACGCACAAGUCAAGGCAGAUGGACACAAGGUCUAUGGAGCCAUCCUGGUGGCAGUAGAGCGCCUGCUGAAGAUGAAGGCACUGAGUCUAUCUCAGCCUGCAGAGGGAGAGGCAGGGAACCAGCAGGGUAUCAGUGGGGCAGUGCUGGGCUUCAGAGAGAGCUCACCGGGCCUCAGUCCCCCACCAGAACCGCUGGCCGAGGCGGGCCUGGGCAUCGCCAGCCACCUGCAGGCGGGCGGCACCGGGUGCCCUUGGGAGGACUGGACCCCCGUUCCCCUCCCGGCCAUGUACAGCGAGCUCUACUCAUUCUUCGGCGACAGCCUGGCCGUGCGGUUCAGCACUGGCCCGGAGCUUAAGCCCUGCUCGGCAUCGGCUCCGACCCAGAAUGGGACCGACAGGAGGAAGGAGCCUGGAGGAGGGGCUGGCGGGGCCAGUGGGGGGACGGACACGGCGCGCAAGAUGCCCCAGCUGACGGCCAAUCUCAGCAUCAGCCCGCGGCAGGAUGGAAGCCCACGGACAGAGCCGGCGCCACCCAGUCUGGCUGCAACUGCCCCGGGAAGGUCUCUCGCCCGAUCCUCGUCAUCCUCUUCCUCAGUCCAGCGUUCCCGCUCUUCUGCCUCGCGGCCUGGUCAGCGUUCGGCAGGGCCGUCCCGCGACAUCUUCCCCAAAGCCCGCUUCCCAACGCCACAGGCAGGCACCCCCACCUUCUCCUUCCUCAUCAACGGACGGCAGAUGGGUCGCCGUUGCCAGGGGCGACGCUUCCAGACGAGCUUCAGCCCCCCGGCUGGGCUGACCACUCUGCCGCCGCGCGCCUACGCCCAUAAGCUGCCCGUCAUUGGACGCGUCAGCAAGCCGGUGCGCCGCUGGACCUGCUCCCACUAUUCUCUGCACCUGCCUCUUUGAGUUCCCCCUAAGAGAGGAGAAUUCUGCCCCCCACCACCCUGGAUAGCUCCUCCCCGGAUACCUCCUCUGAUAGCUUGAGGGCCAGUCCGAACUGGUACAUACAGAACUGGCCAGCAUAAGACUUUCAGGUUUCGGGUUCUCUCAGUCACAUGUAGUUUGGCUGAUACAGACACUCCAAGGUCAUAGAACCCAGAUGGGUGGAGUUGGGCAUUAGGCCUUACAACACCCCUUCACACACACACACACACUCUAGGAACCCCACACACACACUAAAGGAACCCCACAGAGUAAAUGCCUGUGUUCCUCCAUAGAGGAAGGUGGUAACCCAAACAUUUGUUCCAAAAUGGAGCAAAUCUCCAUAGUUGAGAAGAUGGUCUGCACAGUUUCGUAGAAAACUGCUUUAAGAUCUGAGCAUUUGGUGUCUUUGCACAUUUAGUUUUGUUAAUCCUAAAAUAAACAUUUGUACCAUAUUAUAUGUAUCAAUUUUGACAUUCUGGAUAUAUUGUAAAAUAAAGUGUAAGAAUUGGAUUUUUUCAUUGUCGAAGUUUAGGUUGUGGCCUUUUUUUAAAUGUAUUUUUUUUUGUAUUCUUUGCAUUUCUUUCAGACUUGUUUUCGAAACGUAGUAGGUGUAAAUAGGUGUAAAAUCAAGCACCAGUCCUGUUUGAUUCACUGACAGUGUUUUCUUGAGAAAAUAAAGAGAAAG